AUGAAGCAUUACCAAUUUAGUAUAAUUAAUGAAACACAAAAAUUUAAUUUAAAUGAUUGUGUCGGUAUUAAGUUUCAUACAGUUGAUAUACUAAACACUGAUGCUAAACUUUUACCAUGUUUAAUUGUCGACAAAAUUGAAAAAGAUGAAAAAAUUACGUUUAAACUAGUUUGUCAAUAUGGUAAAUUAGAAAAUUCAUAUUCAGUUGAACAUCUUAUUGAUGUAAAACUGGCUUGUCCAGAAGAAUUAAAACCAAUUGUUCUUGAUGAUUUAAAAGAUAUAACAUUUAUUAGAACAUGUAAAUUUCAUGUACGUGCAUCGACAACCGGUCGCACUUGCGACUGUAAAAGAACAUUCAUGGAAGUACAAUCAUUAUUAAAUCCAGCGCCUGAUCUGCAUAUCAUUCAUUUAAAACAAAUGGUACCGAAGGAACCACUACUGGAACCUCCAUUCGAAGGUGCGCAGCUUUAUCCAAAAAUCGGGUAA